CACACACCCACUGGAUCACUGCAGGGGGGUGCGGAGGGAGGGGUCUCUGCAGUGAGAGGCCUGUCACCCCCCCAUCCCCUUGGGUCCCUGCCCCUUUGGAUGCCUGCCCCAUCUCCCCAGCCUCCCAGUCUGUGACCAUCACACGGAGCUCAGCCUGCCUCUCUCACAAGGACGAUCGCCUGCCCUAACGCCUGGCCACGCUGCCCCACUAGGACUGUGCUAUGAACAUGGGGUUUCCCGGGUGCCUCCUGCUCCGAGCGCGGCACCCACUUGGCAGGAGCUCGGCUGCCUGCACUGGAGCCGGGAACACAAGGAUCCCCAUCCUCCUGGCCUGGCUUUGGGCUUCCAUGACAGGAUUACCCAUGGCAGACCCAGCCAUCCCAGAACUAACUCAGCUCCGACUGGUGAACAGCCCAAGUGGCUGCGCUGGGAGAGUCGAGGUGCUUCACAACCAGCAGUGGGGAACCGUGUGUGAUGACGGCUGGGACAUAAAGGAUGCCACAGUCGUAUGCAAGCAGUUGGGCUGUGGGACAGCGUUAUCAGCCCCACGAGGGGCUCGAUUUGGGCGAGGGUCAGACCGUGUCUGGCUGGAUGAGGUCAACUGCGCAGGGACAGAAGCUGCCCUCACCAAUUGUGAGAUUCGGCCUUGGGGACAGAAUGACUGUACCCACAAAGAAGAUGCCGGUGUUGUGUGCUCAGAUUCUGGCAUCUCAGAAGUGGCUCAGAUCCGACUGGUGAACAGUUGGAGUCGCUGCGCUGGGAGGGUCGAGGUGCUUCCCAACCAUCAGUGGGGAACCGUCUGUGAUGACAACUGGGACUUAAAGGAUGCUGAAGUCGUGUGCAGGCAGCUGGGCUGUGGGACGGCGUUAUCAGCCCCAGGAGGGGCUCGAUUUGGGCCAGGGUCAGACCAUAUCUGGCUGGAUGAGGUUCACUGCGCAGGGACAGAAGUUGCCCUCUCCAAUUGCAGGGCUCAGCCUUGGGGAGACAGUAACUGUAACCAUGGAGAAGACGCCGGUGUUGUGUGCUCAGACGCUGGCAUCUCAGAAGUGGCUCAGAUCCGACUGGUGAACAGCAGGAGUCGCUGCGCUGGGAGGGUCGAGGUGCUUCGCAACCAGCAGUGGGGAACUGUGUGUGAUAACAGCUGGGACUUACAGGAUGCCAGAGUCGUAUGCAGGCAGCUGGGCUGUGGGACAGCAUUAUCAGCCCCAGGAGGGGCUCGAUUUGGGCCAGGAUCAGACCGUAUCUGGCUGGAUGACGUCAACUGCACAGGGACAGAAGUUGCCCUCUCUGAUUGCAGGGCUCAGCCUUGGGGAGUGAAUAACUGUACCCACGGAGAAGAUGCCGGUGUCGAGUGCUCAGACGCUGGCAUCUCAGAAGUGGCUCAGCUCCGACUGGUGAACAGCAGGAGUCGCUGCGCUGGGAGAGUCGAGGUGCUUCACAACCAUCAGUGGGGAACCGUGUGUGAUGACAGCUGGGACCCACAGGAUGCCGGAGUUGUGUGCAGGCAGCUGGGCUGUGGGACGGCGUUAUCAGCCCCACGAGGAGCUCGAUUUGGGCAAGGAUCAGAUCAUAUCUGGCUGAAUAACGUGAACUGCGCAGGGACAGAAGUUGCUCUCUCUGAUUGCAGGAUUUGGCUUGGGGGAGACAGUAACUGUAACCAUGGAAAAGAUGCCGGUGUUGUGUGCUCAGGCUCUGACAUCUCAGAAGUGGCUGAGCUCCGACUGGUGAACAGCAGGAGUCGCUGCGCUGGGAGAGUUGAGGUGCUUCACAACCAGCAGUGGGGAACCGUGUGUAAUGACAACUGGGACUUACAGGAUGCUGGAGUCGUGUGCAGGCAGCUGGGCUGUGGGACAGCGUUAUCAGCCCCAGGAGGGGUUCGAUUUGGGCAAGGAUCUGACCAUAUCUGGCUGGAUGACAUCAACUGCACAGGGACAGAAGCUGCCCUCUCCGAUUGCUGGGCUCGGCCUUGGGGAGACAAUAACUGUACCCACAGAGAUGAUGCCAGUGUUGUGUGCUCAGACGCUGGCAUCUCAGAAGUGACUCAGCUCCGACUGGUGAAUGGCCCGAGUCGCUGCGCUGGAAGGGUCGAGGUGUUUCACAACCAGCAGUGGGGAACUGUGUGUGAUAACAGCUGGGAGUUACAGGAUGCCGGAGUCGUGUGCAGGCAGCUGGGCUGUGGGACAGCGUUAUCAGCCCCAGGAGGGGCUCGAUUUGGGCGAGGAUCAGACCAUAUCUGGCUGGAUGACGUCAACUGCACAGGGACAGAAGUUGCCCUCUCCGAUUGCAGGGCUCGGCCUUGGGGAGACAGUAACUGUACCCAUGGAGAAGAUGCCGGUGUUGUGUGCUCAGAUGUGAGGCUGGUAGGUGGCCCCCACCGCUGCGCCGGGCGGGUGGAGGUGCGUCUGGAUGGGCCCUGGGGCACCGUGUGUGAUGACGGCUGGGACCUGGGCGACGUGGCUGUGGUGUGCAGGCAGCUGGGCUGCGGGCCGGCCAUGGAAGCGCUGAGUAGUAAAGUGUUCGGCCAGGGCAAUGAGUCAGACCCUGUCCUGAUGAUGAACGUGCAGUGCCAGGGGACAGAGGCAGCGCUGGGGAGCUGCCCGUACGAGGAUCCAGGGGACUUCUGCCUGCAUGAUGAGGACGCGGGGGCCCGUUGUCAAGCUGCCAAUGUGGGAGUCUCUUCCUCAGCCCCUGGAGUCUCCCCGCACAGCCCCGGAGCAGGUGUCUCAGCAGCUUUGCCUGUCGUGAGGCUGGUAGGUGGCCCCCACCGCUGUGCCGGGCAGGUGGAGGUGCGUCUGGACGGGCGCUGGGGCACCGUGUGUGACGACGGCUGGGACCUGGGUGAUGUGGCUGUGGUGUGCAGGCAGCUGGGCUGUGGGCAGGCCAUGGAAGCGCUGAGUGGUAAAGUGUUCGGCCAGGGCAAUGAGGCAGACCCUGUCCUGAUGAUGAACGUGCAGUGCCAGGGGACAGAGGCAGCGCUGGGGAACUGCUCGUACAUGGAUCCUGGGGACCUCUGCCAGCAUGAUGAGGACGCUGGGGCCCGUUGCCAAGGUGCCUCCUCAGAGGUGAGGCUGGUAGGUGGCCCCCACCGCUGCGCCGGGCGGGUGGAGGUGCGUCCGGACAGGCGCUGGGGCACCGUGUGUGACAACGGCUGGGACAUGAAAGAUGUGGCUGUGGUGUGCCGGCAGCUGGGCUGUGGGCCGGCCAUGGAAUCGCUGAGUAGUAAAGUGUUCGGCCCGGGCGUCAAGUCAGACCCUGUCCUGAUGACGAAAGUUCAGUGCCAGGGGACAGAGGCAGCGCUGGGGAACUGUUCGUACAUUGAUCCAGGGGACCUCUGCCAGCAUGAUAAGGACGCUGGGGCCCGUUGCCAAGACGUGAGGCUGGUAGGUGGCCCCCACCGCUGCGCCGGGCGGGUGGAGGUGCGUCUGGAUGGGCCCUGGGGCACCGUGUGUGAUGACGGCUGGGACCUGGGCGACGUGGCUGUGGUGUGCAGGCAGCUGGGCUGUGGGCCGGCCAUGGAAGCGCUGAGUAGUAAAGUGUUUGGCCAGGGCAACGAGUCACACCCGAUCCUGAUGAUGAACGUGCAGUGCCAGGGGACAGAGGCAGCGCUGGGGAGCUGCCCAUACGAGGAUCCAGGGGACCUCUGCCAGCAUGAUGAGGACGCUGGGGCCCGUUGCCAAGCUGCCAAUGUGGGAGUCUCCUCCUCAGCCCCUGGAGUCUCCCCGCGCAGCCCCGGAGCAGGUGUCUCAGCAGCUUUGCCCGUCGUGAGGCUGGUAGGUGGCCCCCACCGCUGUGCCGGGCGGGUGGAGGUGCGUCUGGACGGGCACUGGGGCACCGUGUGUGACGACGGCUGGGACCUGGGCGAUGUGGCCGUGGUGUGCAGGCAGCUGGGCUGUGGGCAGGCCAUGGAAGCGCUGAGUGUUAAAGUGUUCGGCCAGGGCAAUGAGGCAGACCCUGUCCUGAUGACGAACGUGCAGUGCCAGGGGACAGAGGCAGCGCUGGGGAACUGCUCGUACAUGGAUCCAGGGGACCUCUGCCAGCAUGAUGAGGACGCUGGGGCCCGUUGCCAAGGUGCCUCCUCAGAGGUGAGGCUGGUAGGUGGCCCCCACCGCUGCGCCGGGCGAGUGGAGGUGCGUCCGGACAGGCGCUGGGGCACCGUGUGUGACAACGGCUGGGACAUGAAAGAUGUGGCUGUGGUGUGCCGGCAGCUGGGCUGUGGGCCGGCCAUGGAAUCGCUGAGUAGUAAAGUGUUCGGCCCAGGCGUCAAGUCAGACCCUGUCCUGAUGACGAAAGUUCAGUGCCAGGGGACAGAGGCAGCGCUGGGGAACUGCUCGUACAUGGAUCCAGGGGACCUCUGCCAGCAUGAUAAGGACGCUGGGGCCCGUUGCCAAGAGCCCUUCUCGCUGCGGCUGGUGGACGGCCCAGGCAACUGCUCCGGGCGGCUGGAGGUGCGGUAUGAUGGAGUGUGGGGCACCGUGUGUGACGAUGACUGGUCAGAGACCAAUGCCCAAGUGGUCUGCCAGGAGCUGGGUUGUGGCCCAACCAAGCCAUUGGCCCCAAAGCUGCAGGACCGGCCCCGCUUUGGCCAGGGUACAGGGAAAAUCUGGCUGGACGACAUCCGCUGCAAAGGCACCGAGAAGACCUUGCAGAACUGUGCCCACCGCUACUGGGGCUACCACAACUGCACCCACCAGGAGGACAUCAGCGUGGUCUGCCAGGACAACUGAGCCAGCCACAGCUCCUCCACAGCCUCCCAUUGAUUCCCCCCGCCCCCGAGCUUUCAGUGCAUCCCCCUGCCACCAGGCUCUUCCUCUCUGCUGCCAGGCUCCCUGGCCCUGCCCGCCCAGCCCGGGGAUGGCUGUCGGCUGUGCAGGGGCAUGGCUUGGUGAGUGCCCGGGGGAUUCCCCUUUCAGGGAUGAACGCAGGCGCCCAGGGCAUUCCCCUCCCACUGGGCGCCACACUCUGUGGGCUGCAGCACAAAGCUGGCACGGCCUGGGGCUCGCGUCUCACUAGCAGUGGGGCCGCUCGCCCUGGCAGGCCCCGCUUGGAACACGCGUCUCCUGGGCCAUUGCUCCAACUGCAGCCAAGGCAGCCACCCUGAUAAACCCGCCAUCGCCGGGGUGGGGCUGCACCCCCACUCAGGGGCUGGGAUACACGACUGUCUCCCCCAGAAGGUCCGUGCUGCAUGGACAGGCAGGAGCCAGGAAGGGUAGAGCCCUGUGUGCCACACGCCAUCCCAAGCUGAGCAGAUGCGAAUAAAGAGCUGAAUCCGCUGGA